UGUUCUCAAGCAGACUCUACAGAUGGACUCCAACAGCCUUUGCCAGAAUGAGAUUGCUGAGCCUUUGAGCUCCAGUCUGAAUGAAGCGCAGUUGGAUAUCCUUGGGCGGCGGGUCAGAAAGGAGUCCCGGUCAGUUUUGGAUAAGCUGAAGUCAGAGCGAUGGUGUUCUGGUCCCCGGCUGAAGAGCUGCUUCUUCUCCUGUGUGCCCGUGUUCUCGUGGCUGCCUCGUUACUCCCUCAGACAGAAUGCCAUCGGAGACCUCAUCUCGGGCAUCAGCGUUGGCAUCAUGCAUCUGCCCCAGGGGUUGGCCAAUGCCAUGCUGGCCGCUGUGCCUCCGGUGUUUGGCCUCUACUCCUCGUUCUAUCCCAUCCUCCUCUACUUCAUCUUCGGGACAUCCAGACACAUCUCAGUGGGUACAUUCUCCAUUCUUGCCAUCAUGAUUGGGACAGUGCUUGGUGACCUGAAGUUGCCAGGCAACAGGGAUGCAAGUGACAGUGAUGCUGACAUGGCCAGAGUGAGUGUGGCAGCUCAGCUCACCAUCAUGAGUGGACUCAUACAGAUUGGGCUGUGUGUGCUGCGCUGUGGGGGUGUGUGUCGCUGGCUCUCCCGGCCGUUAGUUGGGGGAUACACCACCGCAGCGGCCAUCCACGUCACCAUCCACCAGCUACCUCUGCUGGCUGGCAUCGCCAUACACCGGCAUGCAGGGGUCUGCGCCCUGUUCUGGAUGUUGGGAGAUGUUUUGUUUGGAUUGGACAAGGCAUCGCCCGGGGCGUUAAUUGUCUCCGCUGUUUCCAUGGUAACUCUGGUCGGUGGAAAGGUGCUUAACAGCUACUUCAAAAAACAGCUACCCAUGCCUGUUCCAUGGGAACUAGUACUGGUCAUUUUGGCCACCAUCUUGUCUUGGCAGCUGGACCUCUCUGAAAACUACAGAGUUCAGGUGGUGGGGACGGUACCCACAGGUCUCUCUGCUCCCUCUCUCCCUCCUCUCUCCCUCUCCCAGGAUCUCCUGCUCCCAGCCUUCGCUCUGGCGGUGGUUGGCUUUGGGUUCACUGCUUCCCUGGGUACCAUGUUUGCCCUGAAGCACGGCUACAGUAUCGACAGCAACCAGGAGCUGUUGGCGAUGGGUCUGUGUAACUCUAUAGGAGGGGUGUUCCAGUGCUUUGCAGUCAGCACGUCUAUGUCGCGCAGCAUGGUGCAGGAGAGCACUGGUGGGAAGACUCAGGUGUCCUCUCUGGUUUCUGCCCUGUUGAUGCUGGUCAUCCUGCUCAAGGUGGGAGCCCUGUUUGAACAGCUGCCAAAGGCUGUCUUGGCUGUUAUCAUUCUGGUGAAUCUGCAGGGGAUUUUUGUUCAGGUCAAGGAAGUGCCAAUACUGUGGGCCACAGACCGUGUAGACCUGUGUGUGUGGGUAGUGACGGCUCUGUGCUCCCUGGUCUUUAAUCUGGACGUGGGGCUGGGUGCUGCGAUGGCCUUCAGUCUGUUGACGGUUGUUUUCCGGACACAGCACUCCCCAUCGGCUCUUCUUGGGGUCAUUCCAGGGACAGAUUGUUAUAGAGACCUAAAGCUGUUCUCCGAGGCCAGGCAGAUUCCUGGGGUGACCAUAUUCUCCUUUUGUAACCCUAUCUACUAUGCCAACAGUGAUCCUUACUUCAACUCACUGAAAGAGGUUAUCCAAAGAGGCCGAGAAGAGAAGGCCUGCCCCAGUGAGGGCCCAGCAGGCCAGCAGAGUGAAGCGCAGCAGCACUGUGUGAUCCUGGAGCUCAGUGGGGUCAGCUUCAUGGACUCUGUGGCCAUGAACAAGCUGAGAACAAUGGUGAAGGAAUGUGAAAACCAGGGAAUCUGUGUGUUACUUGCUGCCUGUCCAGAUGGACUACUCACUCUGCUCCAGACCCAAGGUUUGGUGCCUGUGUGCGUUUCCUGUUCUUGCGUAUUUCCUUCUGUUCACCAUGCCGUGCAACACUGCCACCGUACACAGCUACUUCCUGACGCCACGGUCAGCGAGGUCUGAUGCUGACCCUUGUCUCUCAUCGCUCGUGUCCAUCAGAAGCUGACGUUCAGAAGGGCUGUGCCACACACACGUGCCACCCGGCUGUCCACCUUAACAUGCAGGCCUCUCAUCUGAAGCCACAAACAGGUUUCAGCAUUAGCAGAGAGAGCAGGGUGUGUUACCAAGUAGCUCAUUUAUGGUUAUGGUUAUUGUAUUUAUUGGCACAGUGCAUUAUGGGUAGUUGAUAAAUAGUCACGCUUUUCAGAGGAGGUUAGAGGUCAAAGGACAGCUGGUCGUUCAUGUUUUCCUAAGAAUAUCUAUGGAAAUGGUGGAAAUGGAAAAACUUUGAAGGAAUUCAUUUGCAGGUGCCUUCCUCAUCUGUGUACAGACCCAACCAUGGGUUUUGGUCAGGACUGUGCACAUGGAAUUAAAAUAGCACUUUGCUUAGUUAUUAGCUUAUCUUAAAUUCAUGUGUGAUGCACAUUGCCGUCCACAUUGUUUGUCAUCGAUUGACGCCAUCAGUGUUCAGACUCAUGGCGAGGCUGUGGAUCAGUCUAUCAGUGUGUCUCUCUGGCGCCAUAUCUGUCUUUCUGUCUCUGGGCCCGUCUCAGAAGCCAUCUGGGUAGGCUUUGGCUUUAUCCCACCCUGAUGUGACUCAAUCGGCAACAGGGAGUGUAUGUUUGAACUGUGUGUGUGUGUAUUGCUUUAGAUCUGAGUCAGGAGUUUUGUGAUGUCAUCAUGGGAGUACAUUUGUUCUUUAAUAUUGUCACUAGACAUAUGAAGCAUUUAUUUUCUAAUUAAAAGUUUGGUGUGUGUGAGUAUGAGUUUGAGAGAGAGAGAGAGAGAGAGAGAGUACCAGUAUGCAUAUCUGUGUCUACAUAGACAUACUUUAUAAGUUCUCUAAUAGUUUUCUCAAUGCUUUGUAACCAAUGCAAGAAUUGCUUUGGUCGGCUCUCUCUCAUUAAGUAGCUGUCUUAUUGAAAUGAAAGCCCACUAGGAUUUCAAAGAAAACAUGCAUUGGGAGGGGGACGUGUCUCUGUGCUGUAUUAAUGAUUAUGAGACAUUGUGUUGUCACUGAUUGUCAGAACACAUAAAUACACACAUGCAAACAAGCCCUUGUGUUUAUGGUGAGGGAUGGCCCUGGGCUAAGCUAAUUAGAGUAGAGCACAAGGACGCAAAGGGGGGAGAGAGAGUCUAGAGAGCUAAUAUAAAACAUAUAUAUUUGAAAUAGAGUAUGUAGAAAACUAUUUAUUUAAAUGAGACAAACUAAAGUAAGUGAAAGGUAUGUUGAC